UGUUGUCUUGGUGGCCUUUUUUCGCCGUUGUGUUCGUGCUGUGUACAUUGGAUCGACGAAUUUUCUAUUGUGAUCGCUUGGCCUAGGUACCGAAAGCAAAAAAAAAAGCUAUGGAGGACAUAAUGGAAGACUAUCCUUUAGACGAUGUUGAGAACGGAGACGUUGGAGCUCCGGAGGAAUCCGCAGAAGCUGAAGGCAACGCUUCAGAGCAGGAUGAAGCAGGGGAAAAAGUUAAACCUCCCACGAAGAAACGCGUCGUUCAAAAUCCUCGGCCUAAACUAAACAAAGAUAGGCUUGCUGGUGCCAAAGGGAUUCCUGAACUCUUGCGAAUGUCCAAGAAUGUUCACUGGCGGGGGAAAGGCCACGAGCUCCAUGACUUGGACACGACGUUGUCGCUACUGGAGCACUGGAGCCACCGCCUUUUCCCUCAGAUGGAUUCCAAUAACUUUUUCAGUAAUUUGGAACGAUUAGGCAUGAAGCGAGAAAUUCAGACAUACAUGCGCAAGUUACGGAUGGGCUUGGAGGGUGACGUCGGUGAACAGCUUCAAUUUGGUGAAGACCUGGAUGAUGGAAUAGUGGAAGAGAAAGAAGAAGAAGAACAGCCCCCAUUUGAAGACCCUUUUUCGUCGCUGCUUACGGACACUCCGCAGUCAACCAGCCAACAAGCACUCCCGGAAGCACCGUCGUCGUCUCAGCAACCACAGGACAUAAGCGAGGUGUUGCGUGAACGCAUGGAGAGGAGUCGGCAGCAAGCACUGGAGCGCCGACGUUUGCGGCUAGCACAGCAGGAACAGUUGUCGAGAGAUAUGGAUACGGAGGCGGCAGACUUAAUGUCGGCCGCCUCUGUAUCCACAAAGGGUGAGCAGGAAGUUGCUGUGCAGGAGGACGUCCAAUGUCAUCACCCUGAGGAGUCUGAAGAACAUGGCACAACAAUGGUGGACAUCACAUCGUCUCCUUCUACCAGAGAGGAGCAGGCUGAUGCUGAAGAGGCGAUUGAACGGCAUCCAGAAGAACUUGCAGAACCCUGUGCAGCAACCACAGCAUCGAACAUUGUGUCAGUUGUGUGUGAGGACAGUGAAUAAUAUGCUGAGUGAAUGCCAAUGUCGUGAUGAAAAGACUGUUGCAUUGCUUGGAGCUUUUGACUGCCUUCAGGAAUGACAUCCUGUGAUAAAACUGCAGUUGUUUGUGCUAGUGCCAAGUAAUAUUUGGCACCGUAGUGAGGUACUGUAGUUUUCUUUAAUUUUCUGCUGCAAGUAUAGGUGCUUAACCGUACUUUUCGGUGCACUUGAUGACUCAUGUGCUCUUGUAACACUGCCUGUUACACAAUGCCCAAAGAUUAGUUUGCGCAGUGAAGCAGGCAACACUUCAUAUAGAGCACCUUUCUACGUGUGCAAAUUUUUGGAUGUUCAUUAUGUCACUUCCUCUGCAACUACGUUUUUUUGAACAUGUUCCUUUGCCAUGAGAAGAUAGUUAAGGUGUUCGUUUGAAUAGUUUGGUCUUUUAAACAAACGGUACUGCUGUUAUAAUAUACUUUUCACAUAUUCAAUUUUUAUGUUUUCUUUUGUUGUAAGUACCAGCAAAACUAUUCUUCCCACUUUGACAGCGACUGGCUUGCACAAUGCUAAAAGGACCACUUGACAAAAUGUUAAAAUUUGGCGAUGAUGACAAAUACUAACGGCUAUAUUGGCCUCAACGCCUGGGCUUUGUGGUGCGCAAAUUCAUGCCACUCAAAAGAUCAAAAGAGUCCGCACCUGGCUAUCAAGCAGCGAUUACGGUACAUCUGUGCCAUAAGAAAAUUGCUCGUUGAAAGCACUUUUCCUACUUGUAUUGCAUUUCUUGUCAUUUUGCAAUCCUGUAGCUAUACCAGUGUUGAUUGUACCUGACUGCUGCUACCAUCAUCUCAAAUUUUAACAUUUCUUCUAGUGGUCUUUCUGCACACAGCAGAAUAAACAUCUGUAACACUGAUUGCCGCUUUUUUUUCCAGUUUCAACUGCACAAACUCGUAGCAGAGGGGUGGCUUAAUGGCUCGUUCUUCCAGCAGAUGGGUUUGUCAUGGAACAAUGACCUGAAAUCAAGAAAUAUAAACUGAAGGUUUUUAUUCUAUGACAAAGGCAUUUGCUGGAAGUACGAGCUGCGUGCCAGUAAGCCACCACUCCCUUAUGAGUGGCCACUCUCGAAGGUGACAGAAGGUUACGUCUGUGUAAUUCUUUAUGCAAGUCUAGCACAGAGCUGAUGAUCAGCAGCUUUAGUUAUUAGAUUCCUCGUGUCAUCCUCGCAGGGUACCUCAUGCAUGUCCUUGUUGAUGUUACUGGGCACCUUUUGAAGCGAAAAUUGCCGUAAAUAACUACUAAUGCUUAUCUGUCUUCUGCAAGAAAUAACCCUGUUGGGGUUAUUCUGCACAUUCAUGGCCUAUUCCAUCACCUGAAAAAGGUCGGUUAGCGGGCCAAUGUCAGUCUUUUUUUCCGCACCCGAUAAGUUGCGGUCAUUGUGCAGGUUGAGCCGGCUCUGUUACCCCAAGAAGCUUGCACACCUAAAGGGACGUCAUUCCGAGUUUUUUUUUAACGUGUGGAAGCAAUUGUUUACAAUCUGCCUUUGACUUGUGGGACUAACUGCAUUGAUCAGAACGGAUGGUGUCUCAGCGAUUGGCCUUGGCAACAUCACUACAAUGUGACAGAACUAAUUGGGAGGUUUUCGGGAUGCACACCGUAGAAAUUGCACACUUGAUAUGGA